AUAGUGAGAGAGAAAAGCAAAACAAAAAUGAAAGCCAGAUAGAUAAACAAGUAAACUUUACCUUAUAACAGUUUAAACUAUUGUAUUUAUGUAUGUAUAUCAUCACCUUAGUAACCUUUUGCAUUCCCAACUUUUAUCCAUUUAUGUUGAAACAAACAUAACAUAAACACAACAAGAGUACUCAUAGACCAAAUGGGCUCACAACAAUGAACACUGUCUAAACAUUCUUCAUUAGUCCUUCAACCUUCACUUGCUUCUUAUUCUUCUUCAUGGGGGGUCGUUGCUCUAAAUUCUCUUUCUGUUGGUUCCACUCUCACCUCAAUCCUUCUGUUCUUGAAUCCUCUGACCAAGAAAAUGGUGGCAAAAAUGAAAAAAACUUGUGGCCUAGUUUUAGUGAGUACAGUUUGGAAGAAUUGAAGGCUGCUACAAAUGGAUUCUCCUCGGAAAACAUAGUCUCUGAGCAUGGUGAGAAAGCUCCAAAUGUUGUUUACAAAGGGAAACUUGAGAAUGGACAGUUGAUUGCUGUCAAACGUUUCAACAAGUUCGCUUGGCCCGAUUCUCGACAAUUCAUUGAAGAAUCUAAACAAGUGGGGAACCUUAGAAGUGAUCGUUUGGCAAAUUUGAUUGGUUGUUGCUAUGAAGGGGAUGAGAGGCUGCUAGUGGCAGAGUUUAUGCCACAUGAAACUCUGGCUAAGCAUCUCUUUCACUGGGAGUCACAGCCCAUGAAAUGGGCAAUGAGAUUGAGAGUGGCCUUCUAUUUAGCUCAAGCUCUUGAAUAUUGUACAAGUAAAGGAAGGGGGUUGUAUCAUGAUCUCAAUGCCUAUAGAAUCUUGUUUGAUCAGGAUGGUAAUCCAAGGUUAUCUUGCUUUGGACUGAUGAAGAACAGCAGAGAUGGCAAGAGUUACAGUACAAACUUGGCUUUCACCCCUCCUGAGUACUUAAGGACAGGUAGAGUGACGGCGGAGAGUGUGGUUUACAGUUUUGGAACUUUGUUGCUUGAUCUCUUGAGUGGUAAACAUAUUCCACCAAGCCAUGCACUUGAUCUGAUACGUGGCAAAAACUACUUGAUGUUGAUGGAUUCGGCAUUAGAGGGUCACUUUUCAAAGGAUGAUGGAACUGAGUUAGUUCGUUUGGCUUCACGUUGUUUACAAUAUGAAGCUCGUGAGAGGCCAAAUGCUAAGUCUCUUGUUGAAACUCUUAUGCCACUUCAGAAAGAAACAGAGGUUCCCUCACAUGUUCUGAUGGGUCUAAAGCAAGAAACAGAAUCAUCAACAAAGCCCUUGUCAUUGACAUCUUUUGGUGAAUCAUGUUUGAGAUUGGAUCUUACUGCCAUACAUGCAAUAUUAGAGAAGACUGGUUACAAAGAUGAUGAAGGAAUUGCCAAUGAGCUUUCCUUUCAAUUGUGGACUAGUCAAAUGCAAGAGACCUUGAAUUUGAAGAAGCAUGGAGACGCUGCUUUUCGAGCUAAGGACUUUGUCACAGCCAUUGACUGCUACACACAAUUCAUAGAUGGAGGGACCAUGGUGUCACCUACAGUGUAUGCAAGGCGCUGCUUGUCUUAUUUGAUGAAUGACAUGGCACAGGAAGCUCUAGGGGAUGCCAUGCAAGCUCAAGUGGUAUCUCCAGAGUGGCCUACUGCUUUAUAUCUUCAAGCAACUUGUCUUUUCAGCCUUGGAAUGGAAAAUGAUGCACAAGAGACUCUCAAAGAUGGAACUAACAUGGAAGCUAAAAAGCAUAAAAAUUUGAAAACUGUAUAGAUUUUUCUUUGUUUGUUGUGAUCUCAAGUAUUAUUUGAUGUCCUUUUUUGUAGCUUUUUAUUAGGCCUUGCAUCCGAUUUCGUCAAUGACCAUUUUGUUUUUUGGCUUUCUGUAAUUCGUUAUGAGACAAAAGAUAAUGACUGGCUUGAAAUUUCACAUGUGUGCAGCCUCUUUUUC